AUGUCUCCCACCGCAACAAACGGCGACGGCGUCAAGGGCUCCAACCCGACCGGCGGGCUCUCCGCCAACGACAACAUCCGCCGCUUCCCUGCACCGAGCAGGCCUCUCAGUCCUCUGCCCAACCACGCGCUGUUCAAUGACAAGACACGAUGCUUUGUCUACGGUCUUCAGCCCCGUGCUGUCCAGGGCAUGCUUGACUUUGACUUCAUCUGCAAGCGCUCCACGCCAUCAGUUGCCGGUAUCAUCUACACUUUCGGUGGCCAGUUCGUCAGCAAGAUGUACUGGGGCACCAGCGAAACUCUCUUGCCGGUUUACCAAGAGGUCCAGAAGGCGGUGGCCAAGCACCCCGAUGUUGAUACAGUAGUGAACUUUGCGUCGUCUCGCAGUGUUUACAGCUCAACGCUGGAGCUCAUGGAGUACCCUAACAUCAAGACUAUUGCCAUCAUUGCAGAGGGUGUCCCUGAAAGGCGAGCCCGUGAGAUCGCACACAUUGCGAAGAAGAAGGGUAUUACCAUCAUCGGCCCCGCAACCGUUGGUGGCAUUAAGCCUGGAAGCUUCAAGAUCGGUAACACUGGAGGUAUGAUGGACAACAUCGUUGCCUCGAAGCUUUACCGCAAGGGAUCUGUUGGUUACGUCUCCAAGUCAGGCGGUAUGUCCAACGAGCUUAACAACAUCAUCUCGCAAAACACCGACGGUGUCUACGAGGGUGUUGCCAUUGGUGGUGACCGUUAUCCCGGUACUACCUUCAUCGACCAUCUCCUAAGGUAUCAGGCUGACCCCGACUGCAAGAUCCUCUUGCUUUUGGGUGAGGUCGGUGGUGUUGAGGAGUACAAGGUCAUUGAGGCCGUGAAGGAGGGCGUCAUUACCAAGCCGAUUGUUGCAUGGGCCAUCGGAACCUGCGCAAGCAUGUUCAAGACUGAGGUCCAGUUCGGCCACGCCGGUUCCUUUGCCAACUCGCAGCUCGAGACUGCUGCUACCAAGAACAAGUCUAUGAAGGAUGCGGGCUUCCACGUUCCUAACACCUUCGAGGAGCUUCCUGAGCUUCUGUCUUCCCUAUACCAGAAGCUCGUCAAGGAUGGCACCAUCAAGCCCCAGGCAGAGCCUGCUGUUCCUAAGAUCCCCAUUGACUACUCAUGGGCCCAGGAGCUCGGUCUUAUCCGUAAGCCUGCAGCCUUCAUUUCGACCAUCUCCGAUGACCGUGGACAGGAGCUGCUGUACGCUGGUAUGCCUAUCUCGGACGUUUUCAAGGAGGACAUUGGAAUUGGUGGUGUCAUGUCUCUCCUUUGGUUCAGGCGCCGUCUCCCUGACUACGCCUCCAAAUUCCUUGAGAUGGUUCUCAUGUUGACGGCCGACCACGGUCCGGCUGUUUCUGGUGCCAUGAACACCAUCAUCACCACUCGUGCUGGCAAGGAUCUCAUCAGUGCUCUUGUUUCCGGUCUUCUCACCAUCGGAUCCCGAUUCGGUGGUGCGCUGGAUGGAGCUGCUGAGGAGUUCACCAAGGCCCACGACAAGGGUCUCAGCCCCCGUGAGUUUGUCGACCUGAUGCGCAAGCAAAACAAGCUUAUUCCUGGCAUUGGCCACCGUGUCAAGUCACGGAACAACCCCGACUUGCGUGUUGAGCUUGUCAAGGAGUACGUCAAGGCAAAGUUCCCUAGCUGCAAGCUCCUGGAUUAUGCUUUGGCUGUGGAGACGGUGACUACCUCCAAGAAGGACAACCUUAUUCUCAACGUUGAUGGCUGCAUUGCUGUCUGCUUCGUUGAUUUGCUCCGCAACUGCGGUGCCUUCAGCGCCGAGGAGGCCGAGGAUUACCUCAAGAUGGGUGUCCUCAACGGUUUGUUCGUCCUUGGUAGGAGCAUUGGUCUCAUUGCGCACUACCUUGACCAGAAGAGGCUGCGUACUGGUCUUUACCGCCACCCGUGGGAUGACAUUACCUACCUGCUCCCCACUCUUAGCCAAACCCAGCCGGGUAACGAGGGUCGUGUGGAGGUUCAAAUUUAA